GGUGAGAUGCCGAGGUUGAGUCACUGGCAGUGGACAGCCGGGAGACAUGGAGACGAGAGCUGGAGACAGCAGGCUGUCUCCCAAACAAUGGAACCUGUCACAGAGAAGAUGGAGACCAGUUUAGUUAUCCUACCAACAUAUUAACCAAGGUGAUGGCUUUGUCACCAUGGCGACGGUCACUUCUAUUCGAUAUCGGGGAGGUGGAAGAGAGUAACACAACAGACGAAACCAACUCUUCUCUGUUCGCCAACUUUACCAUUAAUUUCGCUCCAGACAACAAUGUGCCGUUUAACAGUACCAUCGAUAUUAAGGCAUCACCUUGUCUCACCUGGCAACAACCACAACACGUCCUUUUCCAAUUAGCUAAUAUUUUCUUUUGUAUUUCCUAUCUGGCACCCAAUGGAACUUAUGGUAUCCUAUUUAUGCAUGGACUUUUGAUUAUAGGUUUUUUGGUAUUUUCAACGUGGGCCUGGAACAUUAUUUGUGCACCCGACGUCUUUAUAUGGAACUUUUGUUUUAUGUUACUAAAUAUGGGACAGGCUUUGUAUCUCCUUUACACUUUACGACAGAUUAAACUACCCCCCGAGUUAGAGGAUGUUUAUCUAACUAUGUUUCAGCCUCUUCAAGUAUCCCGUUUGCUGUUUAAGAAAUUAGUCAGUUUAGAAUACGGACAAGUUUUAUCACUUCAUGCUGGAGAAGCUUACGCUAUGCAAAAUCUUACCAGAACGGAUCGACUUGGAUUAUUGUUAUCAGGAAAAGUUAAUGUCAUAACGGAUCAUCACUUUUUACAUCAUAUUCAUCCAAAAGAAUUUUUAGAUUCACCAGAAUUUGAGUCGAGUAAAUCAGGAGGAGAUGAUAAUUUAAUGAAAACUCAUAUCCUCUUUCAGGUGAUGGCUUUGUCACCAUGGCGACGGUCACUUCUAUUCGAUAUCGGGGAGGUGGAAGAGAGUAACACAACAGACGAAACCAACUCUUCUCUGUUCGCCAACUUUACCAUUAAUUUCGCUCCAGACAACAAUGUGCCGUUUAACAGUACCAUCGAUAUUAAGGCAUCACCUUGUCUCACCUGGCAACAACCACAACACGUCCUUUUCCAAUUAGCUAAUAUUUUCUUUUGUAUUUCCUAUCUGGCACCCAAUGGAACUUAUGGUAUCCUAUUUAUGCAUGGACUUUUGAUUAUAGGUUUUUUGGUAUUUUCAACGUGGGCCUGGAACAUUAUUUGUGCACCCGACGUCUUUAUAUGGAACUUUUGUUUUAUGUUACUAAAUAUGGGACAGGCUUUGUAUCUCCUUUACACUUUACGACAGAUUAAACUACCCCCCGAGUUAGAGGAUGUUUAUCUAACUAUGUUUCAGCCUCUUCAAGUAUCCCGUUUGCUGUUUAAGAAAUUAGUCAGUUUAGAAUACGGACAAGUUUUAUCACUUCAUGCUGGAGAAGCUUACGCUAUGCAAAAUCUUACCAGAACGGAUCGACUUGGAUUAUUGUUAUCAGGAAAAGUUAAUGUCAUAACGGAUCAUCACUUUUUACAUCAUAUUCAUCCAAAAGAAUUUUUAGAUUCACCAGAAUUUGAGUCGAGUAAAUCAGGAGGAGAUGAUAAGUUCAAGGUGUCCAUUAUCGCUGCUACUUCUUGCCGAUAUAUAUUUUGGCAGAGGCAAAAUCUUGAGUAUUUACUUAUCAAAGAAACGUAUUUGGCUAGUGUACUUUCAGUUCUUUUAGCGCGUGAUAUAACAACAAAAUUAUAUGCAAUGAAUAACAAGAUAAUAACAGAGAAAGGUUCUCAUCUAGAUAUCCGUUUACCUAGUAUUACCAGUUCCAUCACGUCACACGCAACUCAGGACGGUCAGGAUUCUCAGACACCUUUUAGGAGUAUGAGAAGCAAAAGUUCACAUUGUAAUAGCUUAAGCCAUAAUAGUUAUGGGCACAUAUCUGUCUAUCCUUAUCAGGGAAUCUAUAGAGAAAAUGAAGGAAUGGAUUCCGUCUUUGGAAGCAAAGAACAUCUUGUGCCAGUGCCAGUUAUAAAUGAGAUGCCUAAAAAGAAAUGUCCAUCUGAUGAGGAGUUAGAGGAAUGAAAAUCCUGCAAAUCCUCAAGAUAUUUAAUAAUUCAAAACCUUCCUUAUGUCAAGAUGUCUGCCAAUUAUAAAUAAAUAUAUAUAUAUACACACAUACAUAUAUAUACGUUCCAUAUGAAAACAACGAGAUUUUUCAACGAAUUUCAAUAUUAUUUUUAAUAUAUAUAUAAUAUAUUUACGUAAUUUUAUUUUAUAAAAUCGGAUUAUAUUUAAAA